AUGGCAUCCAAGAGUCGGAAGUUUUCCAAUAUUAGAGAUUUAACCAAUAAUUCAUCAAAUGAAUCAUCUCCAGUUUCAACAGAACAAUCUAAAACUAGAAUAAAGUCAAAUAGUAACAGUCCAAUAUUAAACAAUCUGGAAGAUUCAGAUGUUGAAGAAGGAGUACAUUCCCAAUUGAAUACUAAUAAUCCAGAUAAUACAAUUUCCACCAUUGACGAUCAAACAAUUAAUGAAACAAAUACCCCAUCAACAUCAACAAUAUUAAAAAGUAAUCAUCGAACAAAAUUAACGUUACAAGAUAUUCGAUUAAUAUUAUAUUUAAUUGUAAGUAUAAAACCAUUUAAAUACGUUGGAGAUAAAAAAAUCACUCAAACUAAGAAAUGGGAAAUAAUUCAAAAUAAAUAUCAAGAAAUUAAAAAAUCCGAAAAUAAUAAUAAUAUUUUGAAAAAUGUUAAUGAUGAAAUUAUAGUACCAACAGUCAGAACAUUACAACGUCAAUUAGCAAAUGCAAUUAAAAAGGUCAAACUAUCUAAAAAUAAUAAGAAAAUUAGUAAAAUUGAUUUAAAUAAAGAUAUAUCAACUUAUUAUUUUAAUUUUAUUAAUAGAGAUAGUCUGAUUAAUGAAUUAGAAAUUGCGUUAUAUGAAUUACAUGAAUUAAGUGAAACAUUAAAAAUUGGUAAAAAUAUUAAUAAUAAUAAUACAACAACAACAACAAAUCUACCAAUUUAUAAUGAAGAUGAAUCAAUAACAAAUAAAAAACAAAAAAAAUCACCAUCAUCCAUUAGUAAUAUAUCAUCUACAUUAUUACCAAAUCCACCCAAUAUAAGUCAACACGAGAUUUUUCUUAAACAAUCAAUUAAUUCAACCAACGGAGUUAUAAACAAUAUAAAUGAAAUAAGAAAUCAAUUAUCACAAAAUUUGAAAACCAAUAUUGAAACAAAUAAAAUUAUUGAAAUUUUGAAUCAAUUAGUAUUCAAAAAUUUAGAAUUAACUAAUUUGUCCGAAAGCUUAUUUCAAGAACAUAUUGAAUUUAUAAGAAGACAGAAUCAUUAUCUAAAUCAGAUUGUUGGAACUUCUCAGAAUUUUAAACUUAAACAAGAUGAAUUGAACAAAAAUUUAAUUGUGGAAAUUAUUGAAUCAUUGAAAAACGUUGAUGAAGAUUUUGAAGAAGAAGAAGAAGAUUUUGAAGAGGGUAAAACUAUUCUACCUAGUAUUAACCAAUUAUCUUCUACUCAAACUUCUUUAUCUCUAGCACCUCCUUCUUCAUCUUCCUCUACCAAACCAGAUAAUCGAAAUAAUCGAAUUUUAAAAUCAUUACAAGAAUUACUUAAUUGA